CCCAAUAUUCUACUCUGCAAAAUCAACACAAAAUAAAAUCACUUUUACACAUUUAGCAUUCAUUGUGUGUUGUGAUCGGUUAAAACAGAAUUAUGUUCUAAGGUUGAUAAUCUAGUAUAUCUAACGAGUUUAACAAUGAAAACGAGGAAGUGAUUUGGAGCUAACUGUGAUCAGAAUGUAGCGCUUAGUCAAGUUCCACUACAGUAUUUGAAGAUAAAUUUAUUGAUCUUUUGUUGUAUUGUUGUCCUAGACUGUAAAUAAAUAUACAUUGUGAAAAUGUCAGUGGUUAAGGGAAAGUUAAUGAAAAUGGAGGUAACCCAGGUUGGUGAAUACGAAUUCACCAAACAAGAUAUCAUAGGCCAUGGAGCCUUUGCCAUGGUAUACAAAGGAAGGAGGAGAAAGAAUCCGUCACAGUCAGUUGCUGUGAAGGUAGUGACAAAAAAAGGGAUCCAGAAAGCGUCAGAAAUUCUGGUGAAAGAAAUCAAGAUCUUGCGUGAGCUGACAGCUUUGCACCACACGAACCUAGUCGCGAUGCAUGAUUGCAUGGACAGCCCGGCAUACGUCUAUGUCGUCAUGGAGUACUGUAAUGGCGGCGACCUGGCGGACUACCUGCAGGCCAACCGGCUACUUAGCGAAGGUACCAUCCGGCUGUUCCUGCGGCAGCUGGCGGAGGCCAUGCGCGCCAUACACGCCAAGGGAAUUGUGCACAGAGACCUCAAGCCACAGAACAUACUCCUCACCCACAAUGUCGCGCCGCAACGCACUCCGCAACCUUCAGAGAUCAUACUAAAAAUUGCUGACUUUGGCUUCGCGAGGUUCCUGGAAGAAGGAAACAUGGCCGUCACACUAUGUGGCUCUCCAAUGUAUAUGGCACCUGAAGUCAUAAUGUCACUGAAGUAUGAUGCCAAAGCUGAUCUCUGGAGCCUCGGCACCAUUGUCUACCAAUGUCUGACCGGCAAGGCUCCAUUCCAAGCUACUACGCCUCACGAACUGAAAGCCUUCUACGAAAACAGCGUAGAUUUACAACCCAAGAUGCCGGCAGGUACCAGCAAUGAACUAUGCAACCUUCUAAUUGGUCUGCUACGGCGAAAUCCACGCGAGCGCAUGCCGUUUGAAAUGUUCUUCAACCAUCCGUUCCUACAGCGCCCGCGCACCACAUCUAUACCUAGUUUGGACUGUGAUCUGCCUGACAUAAUGGAGUGCGUAGAGGGUGAAGCAGACACUAACUGUUACCUAGAAGAUUCGUGGCACAGCGAGGGCGGCGCUAGCGCGGCUGGCGUGUGCAGCGCAGCGUCGAGUGCGCCGGCGCGCGCGGCGCCGCGUCUGUCCGCGCCCACCCUAACACUGCCGCACCACGUGCUGCAGCCCAGGAAACCGCAGCCCACCUCAUCAGCCGAGUCAUCGGACAACACAUGGGCGGGGGAAGACGACUUCGUGCUGGUGGAGGCGGACGGCGGGUCCGCGUCGUGCUCCGGCGCGUCGUCGGGCUCCGAGGCGGCGCCGCGGCCCAGCACGCUGCAGCUGGCGGGGCAGUCGCGGCAGCACCCCAACCCCACCCCCACCAACGCCUUCCAGCCCCCACCAGCGCUGGAGCCGCCUUCGCUGCACUACAGGAAUCCGCUUGACAUGGCAUCUAACAACAACAUCCCGCGCUCGCAGCCAAUCGACGUCCUCCGUUCCAACCGCAACACCGCCAACAUCGGCUCACUGUCACCACCCACUAUGCCGUUCCCGCUCAGCACGGGCCGCACUCCGCGCCGCCGCAGCAGCAACUCUGGCAGCUCACCGCCGCCUUCUCUAUGGCAAGUCUCGCCCACGGCCAACGCCAGCCCGCACAGAUCCGGCACGUCGCCGCCGGUGCCGCUGGCGCUGCGCGCGAGCAGCGAGGCGGGCGGCGCGGGCUCGCCCGGGCGCGCCGAGGCGCUGCUGCGCGGGCUGGCGCGCCACGCCGACCCGCCCGUCUACAUCCCCAACCUGCAGGAGGAGACCAUACUUGCGGAGGAGCACAGCAGGGUGUUCUCGCAGCUGAACUUCGUGCGCGUGCUCGCCGAGCUGCUCUCCGACAUGGCGGUGUCGUGCGGCGCGCCCAUCGCCGCCCUCAUGGACGCCUCGGACGAGCGGUACAACGACAGCGUGCGCCUCGGGCUGCUGGUGCAGGCCAUGCGGGCGCUGGCGGCCGGGCUGCGCGUGGCGGCCGACGCCUACCGCAACCGCACGCUGCAGCCCACGCCGCAAGUCAGGCAAGUCGUCCAAAUGAUGAACAGCAAGUACAAGUGGAUCGUGAACGAGUCGAAGCGGCUCCACGAGGCGGGCGUGCCGCCCGCGGUCUGUGAUAAGAUACUCUACGAACACGCCAUAGAACUGUGCCAGAAGGCGGCGCUGGAGGAGUUGUUCGGCGACGUGAAGGAGUGCGAGCGGCGCUACCUGUCCGCGCAGGUGCUGCUGCACUCGCUGGUGCAGCGCUCGCCGCUGCACCCCAACCACCGCAGCACGCUCUCCAAGUACCGAGAUGCAGUCCAAAGGCGGCUCAAUUGCCUCAAGGGGCCGCGCAAGAUCUUGGACGCGAAACUGGAGGCUGGGAUCUCAUAAUACAAUAAGCAACAAGUCAUAGCCGUAAGCACACUUGACAAAUGGAAAGUGAUUUUAUUUUGUUCUUAGAAAAUGUGAGGAACAAUCAAAAUAAUUAUAAAAAAAAUGUGUAAAAGGUAUAAGUGAAUGAUAACAAUGAAUCACCGUAUACAAUUGUUUAGCAAGAAUGAAGAUUGCCAGAGAUUGCAAUAGCGAAUUAUAUUUUUUUAUGAGCAGUACAUUGCAAAGAGUUUGUGUAACUAUAGAUUAUAUAGCAUCCUCUAGAAGAUUUUAGUGUUGAAAGAAUUAGAAAUCGCUUUGGAUUGAUAAAAUUUUAGAAUAGUUGUGUGUUCUCAUCUCCUUUGAAGUAAAAGGUUGUAUCUUUCUAAGGUUUGUUGUAGUAAAAGAUAACAAAAAACUGCUAUUACAGCGAAUCAUAUUCAGUAACAUAUGUCGUAAAGCUGGUUUUCAAGUCACUUUAGAUUUAAAAAUACCAAUUUAAAAAAAGUAAAAAAAAAUUAGAGUAGAGUAUGUAGUAUUGUUUCCAUAUAAGUCUCAUUAUUAAAUUAACAUUUUAUUAUUACAAUUAUGUGUAUUAUGUAAAAUGCAAAUUUGGUGUAACUCAAUAUAGACACAAUGCUAUAGAGAUCUCAUUAUCGACCAAUAACAAUAUGGCAUUUUUAGGUUAAGCUACAAAUUAUGAGUAUUUCGUCGAAAAUAUUAAGUAUGAAUGAUUUUUGUGUAAUUUUUCUCUUCAAGUCAUAUCUUAUUUUGCCAAAUUGUGAUCAUAUUCCCUACUUUUCCUCAAAUGUUAAAUGCUUUACUGAAAAUAAGAAUAAAGACUGUUGUAUCAUAAAAUUUUUGUUUUGUUUAAUAAAUACUUAUUUGUAACAUCACA